CCUAACGUCACACCUAAUAAUACACACUGACAACAGGCAGAGUGGGACGGAGGGUAGGGGUCUGGACCAGCACUAUAUAUAAUGGCAGGCUUGCUGGGAGACAAAGACACACACUAGAAAAACAACCAGCGGAUCCAGCACACUGGAAAGAGGAGUCUGAGGAAUCGUUACACCAACUUCAAUCACCAUGUCACAGCCAAACGAGGUGAAGAAGAAGAAGCGUCCCCCAAUGAAGGAGGAGGACCUGAAAGGAGCCCGCAGUAAACUGGGACUGAAGGGUGAGGUCAAGAGUAAGACCUAUGAGGUCAUGGCGGAGUGUGAACGUAUGGGCAAAGUGGCUCCGUCCGUGUUCAGCGGUGUGAGGACGGGGACAGAGACGGCCUUGGGCCCGCCUGCUGCUGCCAAAGCUCCUGGAGCCAGUGUGUUCAGCAAGUAAACACACUGCAGGAGAAAACAACAGCGCUGAGGAAAACACACUGUCAAUGUUGAAGCUGAAUCAUCUUUUUAAAUAAGAGAGAUAAAUGGGUUAAGGUUAUGGUAGGAGAGUGUGUUAAUAUUACUGCUAUGUAAGCAGUUUUUGUACUUUGUAAUUUACACAGUGCAUCAGACUUGGAGAUCGGCUUAGGUCUGAAUGAAUGUUCAUGAACUAUUGAUCUGUAAUGAGUUGUGAAAUUGUAUUUAUCAGGGUUGACAAGGUUUAUUGAAACAUUUGCUUAUUUGUUCUUUUUUCUAACUGAUCAUUUUUCCUGAAUAAAUUAUUUCCCCCUGUA